UCGGCUCCUCGCAGUUCUCCGCUAGUCGCGUCGGAAAACGGUUCGUCCCGCGCCAAUUGACUGCAUUCCUGCCGCGCGUUUUCGUUCUCGGGGGGGAAGACGCCAGAAAAGCAGCGGCGCGCUAGAGAAUUUGACAAGCGCUCAUCGUCGAAGGGACCUCUUCGAUCGACUUCGAACGCCGCCGAGCAAAACAACACUGCAGAUUAACAGUUCCCUCGGACAGACAACGCCAAUAAGACAAUGAAACUGCUUGUUGUUUUGACGCUCUUGUGUUGCUCUUGCAUCGACGUUAGCUACACUAGAGAAAUAACUCAUGAAGACAUUAAGGACGCUAUGUUGAGCCUGGUGCACAUGAUGCGAGAGAAUACGGAAAAGCUGGAGAGGCACGAGGCGAGAGAACGGCAGCUGGGCGAGCAACUGAAAAAGACAAUAACCAUCCUGACGAAGCGCGUGUCCGUCGUGGACGGCCUGAAGCUGCAGUUGACCAAGCUGGACGAGAGAAUCUCGGGGAUAGAACAUUUGAUCGCACAGAGGGACGAGAGGGAGCGUAUACAGAUGCAAAAGACCGUGGACAGUCUGGAAGAUCUGGAGGGUCGCUUGGAAGGCUGGCUCACGAAUAUCGAAAACAAGGUAGCGGAGGUAGGCAAUCGCGCGGAGGUCACGUCCGCUCCGGACGGUAAUCUUCCCGAUGUUCUCAACAAGCUGAGUGGAAUAGAGAGUAAAUUGAUGGAAGAGGUUGCGAGAUUCAAAGAGGGUCUGCAUAAUAACGUAGCGAAGAUGAACAAAGAAUCAGCUACGCUGAUGGAGAAGACGCAUACGAUCUCCUCGGAGGUGCAGUAUGUAACCGCUAAGAUCGGAGAUUUAGAGAAAUCUCUAGAGAAGUUGAAACAGAUGACGCAGAACGUUCAAGAGAGACCAUCGGAACAGCAAUUGGAUUCGUUACCAGCUUUUGAGGAUCACGUCAGGACAUUGGUGCAAGUGCAAGAACUGCUGGAGGGCACCUCUGAAAAAUUACGAGAAUUACCCAGGAUAAACGAAGUGCAGGCGCUCCACAACGAGACGCAAGCUAUGUUGCAGGAAGCUAAGCACGCGUUGAAGGACAUCGUUACACGGGGUAUCGAUAAUAUCGGAGAUAAAAUAACGGAGAGCAAAGAAGAAACGAAGGAUUCGGUGGCGGCGUUACGGAUGGACCUGGCUAACAAUGCGGAACGCGUUAACCAGGAGCUACAGGAUUUGGAAAAGGGCCAGUCCGUGAUGGUUUCUAUGGCCGAUCAUGUGCUGGACACGAAGAAAAGGGUGGAGUAUGGCGUACAUCAGAUCCUGUUGGAAGUGGGCGAUUUGGUGAAGACCCAGAGCGUCAACAUUAACAGCACUCUUAGUCAAAGAUUCGACGGAAUCUCGAAUGAUAUCAUGGAUAACCAGAACGGUGCCUUGGCGAACCUUACCAGCAAGAUGGAACUAGAAAUGAACAAAGUUUGGCGGCAGAUCAAUGUGAUGUACCAGCAGAUGACGGAAAGCGCUCGAGCUCUAGACAAGCUGCAUCAACAGAACGAAGCCUAUGUUAACGGCACGACGUCUACUAUGGGUGGAAUGGAGAACAAGGUAGGCGAGAUAACAAAACGCAUGACGGAGGUGGAUGAGAAUUUGAACUACCUGCUCGGCCGCCUGUCCUUGGUCACGCAGGAAUUCAAUCAGAUUAAGACAGGUCUAGGGAACGCGCUGGACAACAUCAAGGCUUCUUUCAAGGUGGUUCAAGAGAAAACGUCAGAUCUGACUCAUCCGGGUCCCCAUCCACUCCCGGAAAACUACAAGGACCCGAACGAAUCCGAGACCAGGAAGCCAGACGUUGUGACCGUAAAGUAAGCCAUUUGACUCUCAGAUCAUCAGAGGCUGGCUUGGGUUAAUCUCAAUCAGCGGAAGAUAAACCAUCUUCAUCCUUAGCGAAUUAACAUCCGCCACUGCCACAUCGACAUCUCAUCAUCACCGUUAUAAUCAUCGGACUGUAACACUUUGGUAAACUUUCAAAUAUACUUAUGUUCUUAUCCAAGCAUAACAAGUAAUGAUGACGUCAAAAUGAUUAUAUUAUUAAAAGUCACUUUGACAUUAUCAUGACUUUUUGUUUUGUUUGGAUAAUCUUUUUUACCUACCUCGGUUAAAAAAUGUUCUAAAAAAAACCCGGUAUGUAACAAAGUAAUAGAUAUUCAUUAAAGUAUAAUGUUACAUAUACGUAAGAAUAUAAUUAGCAGACUGCGGACGCAAAUAUAUAUCUCUAGCGAAGUUAAAUAAGGGGAUUCAUAUUUCAGAUGCUUGCUUCUUUGUAAGAUGAUUUUAAGAUAUAAUUUUUACAUUGAAUAGUUUAUAUAACAUCCGCAGUCUAACCAUUAGGUAUUAGAUGGACGAUACAACGUAAUUAACUUCUAAUAAUUUACCAUAUCAUUUAAUCUCUGCGCGGCAGAGGAAGGAAACAGGAUAUUGUGUUAGUAGAAUACUACAGGAUUUUACUGGAAUGUUUCUAUUGCCACUACUUAUAAAAGAAUAAACCAUUACAAAACAAAGAACCCGAAAACACACGUACGGAAGAAAGUAAAACAUUUUGGUACCCGAUAAAAAAUUUUUCAUUUUAACUACAUUAUAUAAAAUUAUCGUUAAUUUUGCCGCUCUAAUCUAAUUAUACACACAAUUAUUAUUAAUCUAUUUAUUAUUUAAUAUAUUAACCCGUAAUUGCUCACGUGGGGAUCAAACUGAUCCAGAUGCAUAAACAUUUCUCAUACUUAAAAAUUAUUUUGUUCAAAACAUGUCUCAAUUUAUAACUAAUUACAAAUAAAAAAUAUUGUUUGCACGUAAAAUAUAAAUAAAUUAAAAUAUGGGUCAAAUCAAACUCCACGCUGGCAUUUACGAGUUCAUAUAUAUUAGAAAAAAAAGUAAACAAAAUUGCAGGACUUUGAGGAAAAAAGGUAUUAUUCUACACGUAAAAAUAUUAAUUUGAACCAUCGAAAAUAUUUUAGCAGAAU